GACAAUGUAGAAGCUGACGUAGUUCGUUCCAUGCCGGCAAUGAAAAACACAGCAUGUGGUUGGUCAAAAUGGCUAUUGCGCUGUAUAUUUUUAUGGCCAGGACUGCCGUUCGGAUUAUUUGAGUGGUACUAGUGGGUUCCAGAUUAGCGAGUUCAUAAUGUACAUUACAUAACACACAACCCCCGUACACUAGUGUAGGACAUGUUGAGAUUUUUUCCAGAAAGCACAGUUUACUGCAUAUUAUAUUCAACAACUUCAACUAGUAUUUGGGCGCUCAAGUCAGAACCAAUGACGUGGAACCUCUGAUAAGGGACCGUCUG